AUGGUGAUGUCGUGCUCUGGUAUGGGCGACGCGGUGCUUCGUGAGCGACUGCCGGCCUUGUGGCGCCGCAUCGAGGAUGCUCACUACAGCUACCUCGAAACCGACGACAGCCCCGAGAAACUUGACCAGAAGAAGAAGCUUGAAGAUUACAUAAUAGAAUACCUAUCAUUAGUGCCUCAUGAAUGCAAGUUUGGGCUCGCGGAGACUGGGAAAGUGUUCCAGAAGACGAUCAAUGAACUGACAGAGUUUAGUGCGUAUCGAGCUGGUCUAGGAUGGGCAGCACUCGCCAGAUACGCUGCCAACCUGUUAGCUCAACCCUGGAGGAAGGAGUACAAAGUCAUAAGGUUAUAUUGCGGAUAUUUCAAGCAUGAAGUUGAAGCGAAUAUGGUUGGAGCAGAGACCCUACUGCAGGCUAUGGGCUACAAACCUUCAGGGGCAGGGCAAAUGGAGCUGGACGGUCCAAUAUGCCCUGACAUGGUUGCUGCAGUAUCCAGGGACGCUCUCAUAGCGCAGUGUGAAUGUCAAAUAAUGGCGCACAUAUGGGAGGAGGCGUGGUCCCUGGGCGGGCGCGUGUCGUGGCGCGACGUGUGGCGCGAGCGCGCCUCGCACGCCGCGCCGCCCCGCGCCGCCGCCGCAAGACUCGCGGCCUCACGCCUUGGGACCAUCGACCGGAACACCAACCCAGCUUACACUGACAGUGCAGAAAUAUAUUCGAACAUCCCAACAACGGUAACGGACAGCUACCGAAGCCGAGUGGUAGACGAGCGGUACCACGGCAGCCAGCACUGCAACCACCUGUGUGACGAGCUGGAGCAGGAGUCCCCGGGCAUGAUGGCGUGCUCCCCGUACAUGGUGCCGCCCAUGCUCCCGCACAUGAUGUACCCCGUCCCCCCACACAUGCACCCCGACGUGCCCGUCACGGUGCCGCAGUGUAGCACCAUACCCAUGAUGACCCCAUACGGAGUCCCCUACUACUACCCCGUACAGUCCCCCUACAUGCUCCCCACCCCAGUAUACGCCCCCAUAAAACAUGCAGCCACAGUCCCCGUUAACGGAUACCCACCGAUGCCCCAAUACAGGUACCCCGCAGUACCCACCGGCCAACUCAUCGAAUUAGACACGCCUUCAGUUUACGAAAACGGUAAAUUCGAAAAGUAUAAGGACGAUGAUAGAAAUCAUAGGAAGAGGCAUCCAGAAUCUUCUAGAAGAAAUAGCACAUCGAAAUCUGGAUUUAGUGAUGUUUCACUACCGAGCUUACCGCGGUCCGACACGCAACCAGCUCUCAGCAAGGCGAGAGAGGAUGGCAUGGGCACGUACGAGAGCUGGGACUAUGUAUUUAGAAAUUUGUCGAGCAAAGAACAAGAGGGAGACGGACGAAGUCGAUUCUCACCCUCACUAGACAGAGAUUCAAGGACACUUGACAGGCUAGACAGAGAAGAGAGGAGGGCCAAGUACCAGCCAACAACACUCGACCUGGAAGACGGCUUACAAGCUCUAAACCUUGACAGGUCAUACGACGAGGAAGUAUACCGGACUGCGAAGGUUGAGAACUUGAUGAGGAUGAAACAAGAACAAGAAUUGAAGAGGGCGAAACAGCUAGCGAAGAAGCAAGCUGAAUUGAAAGCAAAAAGAUCAGUGCCAGAACCGGUCGGGAAUCCUAAGGCUGAAGCGUUAGUAACACAAAAGGUGGCGCCUGACAAGGUGAAGCUACUGAGUAAGAAAGAUAUUAAGGACAGAAAAGAGGUCAUAAAGCAGCAAAGUUCAGUCAAUGGAGCCAGCAGUAAUGCGGCUGAAGUCAAGAAAGUGAAGAAACCCUCGAAACUAGUCGCCGCGGAACUGGACAAACCGAAGAGCAAGCCAGUGGAGAAUGGAGUUCAUAGCUCAGCACAUAGUUCCAAAAGUAAUCAAGUACCAAAUCCUAACUACGACCUAAAAGCGCAGCUAAUAGUGACGUUGGACGAGACGGACCAUGUGAGACGGUCUCCGCCACGACAGUCGCAGGUCAAUGGGGACCGGGAGCGACCGGUGAGCAGGACGCCCAGCCAACACAAUGGAGACAGGGACAGGGUGGAGGGCGCGCCCAGUGACGUGCGCAGGGGGGACAAGUGGGAGUGUGGGACGUGCACGUUCCUGAACGCGGGCGGCGCCGCGGCCUGCGACAUGUGCGGCAAGUCGCGGCGCGGCGCCGACAUCCAGCCGCUGCGCUCCGGCGGCCGCGAGUGCCCCGCCUGUACCCUCGUCAACGAGCGAGACGCCAAGCUGUGCGACGCGUGCGGCACUAGUCUACAACAUUGCCCCACCUACAUAUAG